AUGGGGGCUAUAUACCUUACACGCAUCGCUGUUGAUGACGAGAAUGAUCAUAAUAAGGUAAAGAAACUUAGAGCAUUACAAUGUUUAAUGAGUGUUGUUAACCAAGAGACCGCCCUCAAAGUGACAAAUAAAGACCAUAAUAUGCUCUGGGGGACCUUGUUAGAACUAUUAUACACAGUGAACUUUGAAAGAAUCGAUAUGCCUUGGAUAGUAACUUCUUUCAAACAAGAUAAGUUAAAUGCCAUAAACCAGUUAAUACAAACGUCCGGAACCAACGUGGAAGCCUUGAAAAUUACUGCUGAAUUAACCCAAAGAUUCGGUAAUUUGAAAAUAAUUCACGAACUCGUACCUCACUUAUUAAGAUUUUCUCUGCACGAUGAGAUGAUUCCCUUAUUAUUAAAAUUGUCAUAUCCUUUUGAUAGCAUUGUCUAUUCGGCUUGGCGCGCGGUUAUUUUGUCUCCAUUUCAAAAAGCAGACCAUCCAAUAACAGAUAGGCAAAAAGUAAACUGUUUGAAGGCAAUAAACUUACUGCCAUUGUGCCCGAUAACAAAAGACGACGAUUUAAUUGAAAUAUGGAAGAACUGUAUUCGAUGUAAACAUCCUGCUUUAGGCUGUUUAAUUUUACCAUACAUGGCAUCUGAAACUAGGGACAAGCUCUCAGAGUUGUCAAAAAUCGAUAAGAGAAGUCUGAUCAUUGGUUUGAAAAACUUGCAUGCAGAGUCAUAUCUAGUAUCUAGUGCCAUGUGUGUAGUUGAAAGUUUGACACGAAAAGUCUGUAGAUAA